AUGCGGGUUCUUGGGCUUCUGAGGGAUGGGGAACUGGCUUUGACUCACGCGCGAAUUCUCAGACCCUUCCACCAUCGCCUCAUCCACACGCUUUCUCCUCCCACAUCGCUCAGAAUGGCUUCCGAUCGCGAGUGGACGGCUCUCCGAGUCCGAGAUACUUUCCUGGACUUUUUCAAGCAAAAUGGUCAUACCUUUGUCUCAUCCUCCCCCGUUGUCCCUCUAUCCGAUCCUACUCUGCUUUUCACCAAUGCAGGGAUGAACCAGUUUAAGUCAAUUUUCCUGGGCACUGUAGACCCGCAGUCAGACUUUGCAAAGCUGAAGCGCGCCACGAAUUCGCAAAAGGUAUUGCACCUGGGUGUCUACGCGCCGGAGGAAAGCACAAUUUUCACCCAGGAUUUGGAUGAUGUGGGCAAGGACAGUUAUCAUCAUACCUUUUUCGAAAUGCUUGGUAACUGGAGCUUUGGUGACUACUUCAAGAAAGAGGCGAUUUCGUAUUCCUGGACACUCCUGACUAAAGUUUACGGAUUGGAGCCCCAGCGUCUCUACGUCACUUAUUUUGAGGGCAGUGAGGCAGGUGGCUUGGAGCCCGACUUGGAGGCGAAGGAGCUAUGGAAAUCGGUGGGAGUUCCUGAAUCCCACAUUCUUCCCGGCAACAUGAAAGACAACUUCUGGGAAUGGGCGACCAAGGACGACCCUGACGUUCUGGAAAUCUGGAACAACGUUUUCAUCCAGUACAACCGCGAGCCCGACCUCUCCCUCAGGCCGCUGCCGAACAAACAUGUCGAUACCGGAAUGGGGUUUGAAAGGCUGGUGUCGAUACUGCAAGACAAAUCCUCGAACUACGACACGGACGUCUUUACUCCAAUUUUUCAGGCCAUCCAGCAGGCUACCGGUGCUCGAGAGUAUCGAGGCCAGUUUGGUGCGGAGGACCCCGACGGAAUUGAUACCGCAUACCGUGUAGUUGCGGACCAUGUGCGAACUCUCAUGUUUGCAAUUUCCGACGGCGUCAUUCCCAACAAUGAAGGUCGUGGCUAUGUGAUCCGCCGCGUGCUUCGCAGAGGAGCCCGGUUUGCUCGCAAAUAUUUCCAGGUCGAUAUUGGAAGCUUUUUCUCCAAGCUCGUGCCAACUGUCGUGGAUCAGCUGGGCGGAAUGUUUCCGGAGCUGAAAAGAAAACAGCAAGAUGUCAUGGAGAUAUUGGAUGAGGAGGAGCUGUCGUUCGCCAAAACCCUGGACCGGGGUGAGCGUCAAUUUGAGCAAUACGCCCAACAAGCAAAGCUCAAGGGCUCUGACAGACUCCAUGGUGCUGAUGUCUGGAGGUUGUAUGAUACCUUCGGGUUCCCAGUCGAUCUGACCCGGCUGAUGGCCGAAGAACGCGGCCUUCGCAUCAAUGAUGCUGAAUUUGAGGAAGCCCGCCUGAAAGCCAAGGAGGCUAGCAAGGGCCAAAAAAAGUCCGCGGCGAACGCCGUUAAAUUGGAUGUUCAUGAUCUUGGAAAGCUGGAGAAAAUGAAUGACGUCCAGAAGACGGAUGAUUCCGCCAAGUUUGCCAGAGGAAAUAUCACAGCUUACGUCAAGGCAAUUUACCACGGAAAGGCAUUUUACACCAGCACCGACAAUGUCCCUGACGGAGAACAGCUUGGUGUCAUCCUCGAUCGUACAAACUUUUACGCCGAACAGGGCGGACAGGAAAACGACACUGGCAGAAUUGUUAUUGAUGGGCAGGCUGAACUCGAGGUUGGUGAUGUCCAGGCGUAUGCCGGAUACGUUCUUCAUACCGGAUUCAUGAAAUAUGGGUCAUUCUCAGUGGGAGAUGCCGUGAUCAGUGAAUACGAUGAGCUUCGGCGCUGGCCCAUUAGGAACAACCAUACUGGAACCCAUAUUUUGAACUUCGCCUUGCGAGAAGUUCUCGGGAAUGGAGUGGAGCAAAAAGGUUCUCUUGUGGCGGCCGAGAAGCUCCGAUUCGAUUUCUCUCACAAAACGGCAGUGUCAGAUGCCGAGCUGGAGAAAAUUGAGGCCAAGUCAACCGGAUAUAUUCGACAGAACUGUGGUGUGUAUUCCAAGGAACUCCCUCUGGCAACUGCUCAGCAAAUCUCCGGGGUCAGGGCUGUUUUUGGUGAAACCUAUCCAGACCCUGUUCGCGUCGUGUCUGUCGGAGUGGAAUUGGAUGAAAUUCUACAGAAUGUUAAGGAUCCACGUUGGACGGAGGUCAGUAUUGAGUUCUGUGGUGGAACUCACGUCCAGAAGACAGGGGACAUCAAGGAUUUAAUCAUUCUGGAGGAAAGCGGCAUCGCCAAGGGAAUUCGCAGGAUUAUCGCUGUUACUGGGGAGGACGCUCAUGCCGUGCAGAUGGUUGCGAAGGAGUUUGGAGAGCGCCUCGAUCGGCUUGAUGCAAUGCCCCUAGGCCCUGAGAAGGAGCGAGAAGUUAAGCAGGUCCAGGUGGAUCUCAACCAACUUGCCAUCUCUGCCGUUCAAAAGGCCAAGUUCCGGGACCGCUUUACCAAGAUCAACAAACAAGUCGUUGAUGGACAGAAAGCCCAGCAAAAGUUGGAAUCCAAGAAAGCCGUGGACGCCAUCACCUCCUAUUUCCAGUCUCCGGAGAACCAGGACAAGCCAUGGCUUGUUACUCGGCUUCCCAUCACCGCAAACGCCAAGGCUGUUAGUGAAUCCCUCAACCAUGUCAAGUCUAAGCUACAGAACAAAGCUGUUUAUCUCUUGGCGGCGGACUCUGAACAAGGUCGAGUUGCGCACGGUUGCUAUGUUUCCAAGGAGCUGGGGGACCAAGGCGCUUCUGCGAAUGACUGGGCAGCGGUUGUCUCCGGUGCUGUUGGGGGCAAAGCCGGGGGAAAGGGAGCCACAGCCCUUGGAAACGGUGUCAAUGCUGACAAGGUCGACGAAGCGAUUUCGCUGGCCUCGGACUAUCUGAGCAAGUUCAAAUUCUAG